UGAUUGCAAUGAACGCGAUUCGCACUGUGUCGGAUAAACGGAAAAGGCACCGAAAUCGAUUAGUAAUUCGUCACCGCGAACAGGCACCGCUAUCGAUUUAAUUGGUCACAGCAUUGGCACCGAUCGGCGGAGACGUAGACAGGUCCGUCGUCUCCCGACAUUGUCGUCUUCGUUUUCAUUGUCGCCAAUCGCGAAAAGCGAGCGAGCUCCAAGUUAAACCGCUCGCAAAGAGAAAAUUGUUUUAUUAAGGAAUAUGCCUCGUAGCACAAUGGCUAAUAGGAGAUACGCAGCUUUCGAUUAUUGCGAAGGUUGCAUUACGAAAGGUAAAAGGACGGCGACAUUCGAACGUCGAUAUAACGCUGCAAAUUUCCGAAUCCCGUUUCGGAUAAACUGGACAGUAGUAUUGACCGUAAUAGUGUCAAUAUCGGUCUGUCAAUUCGCAGAAUCCGUUGCUGAACGACAAGUGUCGAGCUCGCACGGAAAGAAGCAUUACGAUCGGCAUUGUUCGGUGCGAAGAUCGAUGGUACCCAGUCAGACUUUACAAAGCGUCGCCGAAUAUCCAGCUCUCACGCCGCGGGACGUUUUAUCGCGUCUGGAGGCUGCCGCUGUUUUGCGCGACAAUCUGGUAACGACGUUGGGCCGCGUGCUCCUGCUCUGUCUCGACGACCACGCGAGAGUGCCCUUCGAGCGGAUUCACGACGCCGUGCGGAAUCGUCGGGUCGCGGUCUACGAGUUUCUGCCGGUCCUGCCGGCGCUGAGGAACAAACUGCCGAAGCAGCAACUGUACAAGCUCCUGCAAAUGCUGGAGAGGGUUGACAACCGCUUCGUUUCCGAAUACGCGUCGCUCUGCAUAAACGCCUUUUCCGACGUCGACGCCGCCCUGGAGCGGCGGGCGCCGCUGCUCGCCGAUAUGCUGCUCGACAUAGACCAGGAAGUGAUCGAGUCGGUCUCGCGCGAUAAGCGCCGGGCCGACGCGGUGCCGCCGUCCCUGACGAAAGGCAUUGACUUUCUGUUACAAGCGGCUCGCGACGGCGACCAGAUUCUCAAUCUGCGUACAGUGUCCGCGAUACUGUUAAAUUAUCCGGCGUUCGAUCUGACGGAUCCGGAGGUCCACAACGCCAUCAGAUUUAUCGCGCAACGAUUGAAGGAGCGUUCGGGGGGCGCCGAGGACUAUCUGCUGCAGUACAUGGGGCCGAAUCUGGAGAACGCGACGAAUUUUCUGAAAACUGUCCUCGAGAGACUGGAGGCGGACGAGCUGUCGUCCGAGGCGAUUAGAGAGGCGACCUCGUUGUUGCUACAGAAUUUCGACGUCGAGCCUUAUCCGACCGAUCUCAACUGGAAGGAUAACCUGAAGAAGCUCUCGACAAACGAUUAUUACCCCGUUAACGUCGCCGCCGUGGCUAAAUAUCUUUUCGAUCGUCUCGAUGACUCGCAUCUCGCACUUCGGGAUCUCGACAUCGGUUUCCACGAGACGGGCGAUCACGCUCUUUUGCAAGUGCUGUCGCGCCUCCGUAGAAAAUCACGUCUGCGCCAUUUGAGGAAACCUCUGUCCUUGCUGAUACCUUUCGUCUCGCAGAAACUGGCGAGCGAUGCCAAUUACGACUACGCGGUGCCGAUUAGCUUCCACGAGGUGAGCGACUAUCUGGACUCCUUCGACACACCAUGCCUGCAGCGGAACAUCAGCGACGUGAUGAAAAUGCUGCGUCCUCAUUUGUCCGAGGAUCUGCCGUGGACCUACGCCUUCGGGGACAGACAGGCGAGUGGCGAUCCCUGGGAAUUAAUGCUGACCUCGCUCAUCCAUUUGAGGAACGUCCCGGUGAACAAGCCGCAAGCGAACCUCAUCGAUAAUUUCAUUUACAAAGGUCGCGUCAACGGUUUGACCUCUAAACGAGGGCUGCUCUACGAGACCGGAAUCAUCUUCCAGAGGGACGAUUCGACGGAGGUGGAGGUCGACUUCUUUUCCCUGCUGAUGCGCAUACCGAACGCCUUCAAGAGUGAGAAGUUCGCUCCUAUACUGAAUUUUUUCUCCAAGCCGAACAUCGUCGAUAUUCUCGGUUACGAGUUCAACAAGUUCGAAUACGAAACACCGAGGAGCUUAUUGCUAGCCAUGCUGAAAAGAGUGCUGACACUUCCUUCAAUCAAAUCCGACGAGCCUUUAUACAGGGCUCUCCAGAACGCUCACAAUUAUCUUGCGGAGCCGCUGCUGAUCAAUCUAUAUGUCUCGGAGGAUCUGCAAAUGUUACUAAAAAAUCUGCCAUACAUCGACAGCGAUCCACGGUAUCUGCCGCUGAAAAUACUUUUUAAGAAAUGGAAAUUAUUGACGUAUUUGUCGACGUCUUUCAGUCUGGCUGACGUGCACACGCCUAUGGAGAGACUUCUGCUCAUAUUACGGGCCGUGGGGUUGAAAACCACUCAACCGAAGCUCUUAGAAGCGUUGAGCUUCGCCGUAGAUAGCAUCGACGGACCACCGUUGCCGAUUAAAACAUUCGAUCGCUCGGAUUUCGUGUAUCUGGUUCAACAAUUGCUGUCUCGCAAUAAAAUACUGCAGGACGAAAUUCUCAAGUCGUACGCGUACGUGAACGUCGGCGACUGGAACGUCUCCAUCAGCGGAACGCCGGAAAACGUUCUCGCCAGAGCCUUGAAUCAUCCCAUUCAUCAUAUCUCAUCGGACGCGAAUCUAACCGGCCUCGUGACGCAGGCGGAGGGCAUUCUGGAGGAAGAAAUUCUGAUCAACACCGAGAUCCUGAAAAAACAGACGUUGGAAGCGAUGAUGGAGUAUCUGCCGUACAACACGUACGUGAAGCCCGUUAAUCUGCUGCUGAGGAAAGCGAAUCUGAUGGCGCUCGUGCCAGAAUUGAAUCUCGCGAGUUUAGAAGCAGCCACCGCGCGCGACGCUUUGAUUACGCUUCUGAAAAGCUUGACGAAAUCUCGCAUAAUACGCGUGGAAAAGUUGCUGCUGAGACGCAUCAGGGCGGCGUUGAGUAUCCUGGACAGUGCGAAUGAAGACGAUCGUCAAACGCCGAUUUUCACUUACUUGAUCCAGUCGUUGCAAGAUCCGAGUAACAUCAUCUACCAGCCACUUCUGCUAGAAAUAAGCAAGUUGGAGAACCUGACGAUCUCGCCCGAGGAACGACAGGCUUGGUUGGAAAAUCAUUUCCAGCAGAUCAUCGACAGGAAUGAGUCGGAGGAUCUGACGAAGGCCGCAUCGAUGAUUCUCAGAGAAAUUACGUACGACGAGAGUCUGGACAAAGCGUCGCGUGCCAGUAAAGAGCGAAUCGGUAAAGCUGUAUCGGCCUUGCCUACGGAUUCCUUUACCGAGCCACUGAGAAAACUGCUGACACCCGAUUGGGCGUACAGCAUUCUGCCGGAAAAGCUCAGAAAAUCCGAUUCGUUGGAGAAGGAGGAGCUCUUGAUGGCGAUUCUGCACUACGCGAAAAAAAGGGCCGACGUCGCCGUUAACCUUCCUCUAAUGAGAGCCAUUUCCAAAAUCGAGGCAAAAUUGAAGGGAUAUCGAAUGGAUAUCGAAUCGCUGAAGACCACAGUUGCUGCCAUCAAGGCCGCCGUUUACGAUCCCGUUAGAAAGCUUCUAACUGCCGCCGGAUUGAAUAAGAUCAAAGUUACCGUUCCCUCCAGCAGAUCGGCUAAAGGAACGCUGCUGGGAUUGUUGCAUCGUUUGCUGGUGCAUCCUGUGAUCAAAAAGAACAGCGAAGUUUUCAAAAUGUUGAGCGCCAUUCGGCAAGACGUGUUCAGCUUCGGGAUGGAGGUGGACUUGUUAACUGUACUCGACGACGUGGGAGUCACUUAUAUUGACGAGCUCGCUCCUGUCAGAUUAUAUUUGCACAGAAGGGAUGUCAGCGAGAAGUUCGGACACACCGUCUUCGCGGUUGCCGAUCCCAAAAGGCGGUAUCGUACGUUACUGUAUGCUCUCCAGAAGCAACAUCGGAUGGACAACGACACGCAAUUACUCGAUGCGUUCUCAGCGCUGAAAAAUGUUCGACCUAACGAGGGAGAAGAUAUCGCGAGUACGCAGAUAUCGGACUUCCAAGACAUAGUGAAUAGCAUCCCGCAUCGCGUCAGACAACAGUUCGACGUCGAGCAUUUAUUUAACGCCAAUACGCUGUCUCGUUUAACGAGCGAUAACGAGAUCGUCCAAUCGACAAUUCCACUGGUUACUUUAUUGACCAAGAUGACGGAUUUGCCGGAAGUCAGUAGUAAUUAUACCGCGGCGAAUGAGUUAAACAAGCUGCUGUCGGACGUCAAAGAUUUGAGCUAUCCGAUUGUCACUGGUUUUCAACUCAGACCGCUGCUGCGGGAACUUGGACACAUUCAGCAGAUCAACGUGGAUUAUUUUAAUUCCAUAUUAAAUCCCGAAAUACUGAGCUACCUGAAUACGGACGAACUCUUCGACACCUCCAGUGACAAUAUCGAGAUACUUAAAAAUAUCGUCGACUAUCUAUUGCGUGAGGUACCAGCGUUCGUCGAUCACAACAUGCAACAGCAUCUGCAAUCGUUCAAGCGCGCUCUGGAAUUGAUGAUAGGUUCCAACAAGCUCUCGAGGAGAGAUUUGACUGAGGAAGACUGGAAGAAGAUGCUGGUCUUGAUACCGCACGAAAAAGACUUUAGACCUAUCAAGAUUUUCCUGCAGAGCGGAGAAAUCCUCAAAUAUUUUAAGUACAAGGACACAGAUUGGAAAAUGUUUUCCACUCCGGCUAAGAAAUUACUUCAUCUGCUGUCGUUGAUAAAUGACAACGAGAUUGAAAAUGAGAAUGUUUACAAGUCGACGAAUAAGCUACGGCGAAAUCUUGAGAAACGUUACAAUUUCAUUACCGAGCAAGACGUUAAAAGCAUGCAUCGUACUUUGAUGAAUCUCAAUUUUAAAUACGAUUUAGUGCCUCUUAAGAUAUUCCUGAAUCACGAUAAUAUGAUCAAGUAUUUAUCGCCGGAUUUCAAGUACACCCACUACAGCUCGUCAAUCGACGCUCUCGCCACUGUGCUGGAUAAUCUGCUGCGAUCAUCCAGCUUGAGACGAAAGGCAAUUCUUUACAAGACUAUGAGAUCCGUGAGACAGGCUUUACGCGAGCGCGGUACCUCUGCGGUAAGACAAUCGUUUCGCAGGACUUUUUACGAGCGGCUGUCCAGCAAGGAUCUCGAAUUUGUCAGCUUGUUAAAUAUGUCCCUGCCGAAAGUACGUCAAUUUUUCAAGCCUGAAAAAAUAGCGAGUUUACUGCCGGAGUCGUUUAACUUCGACAAUCAGCCGACGUACAAGACGAAAGUGCUGCAUUUGCUACGACAAUUGUUAAAAUUAGACACGGACAUUCAUUCGGAAUUGGAGGAGCUUCUCCUGGAAGAGGAGCUUUAUCCGGACAUUCCGAACAUCACGAAGGACGAUCUCGUGCCACUCUUGAACAUACUUCCCCAAAAUGUACCUUACGUGGGGCUCAUAAAAAAAUACUUGAAGCCUUCCACGUUGAUUAAAUUAUUACCCGGAAAUUUCGACAUAAAGCACGCGUCAACUCCUAGAGUAGCGUUGCACGAUGUAUUACUGCUGCUGAGCAUCACUAUUGGCUCUACGAACGACAAGCUGAAAAUAUCCCUCGACGCACUCGUAAGCGAACUGACGAAAAUCAGCUCCAAUGUAGUACCGUACGAAUCGAUAAUCGACAGCAACGAUAUAAGAGCCAUCAUAAAAGAGAUUCCGUUCAGGUACAACCAAAUCAAGCAACUCGAGAGUCGGAUGACGAUUAAGAAAGUCAUCGCGUCCUUACCCUUGAAUUUCCAGCUAACCGAAUACAAGACGAAGAAACUGCGGGUGCUGGCGGUCUUGGACGAAUUAUCGAAGAGCUACGCGUUUCGAUCUUCCCUACAUUCGAUCGAUUUCGCCAAAAGAAUCGUCCGCGGAAUGCCGGACACGCCCGCGGUAAACGACACGGAGAUCGAGAGACUGUUGUUGCCGCUGCCGUUGACCACCUUUUACGUGAAGCUGCUCGUGAAGAAUUGCAAGCUGGCAACGUUGAUGCCGCACUUGCCGAUUUAUUUCAAUCUCAGCGGCAUAGCGUCGCGGAAGCUGAAGGUCGCGAAGAUACUGUAUUACUGCAAGCUGACCAAUCCCACAGACGUGAGUACGAGACAGGCGUUGAUUAACGCCGAAGCCUCGCUGGAGAAAUCGCCCGACGUCGACGUUACCCGGGAACACGUGGAAGUUCUGAUACGCGCGAUACCGUGCACCCAUUUCACCUCGAUAAAACCGUUGCUGCGAAUCCUGUCGAGGACGGACGUCGCGUUGCUUCUUCCCUGGAACUUCGACGUGUAUCAAAAGUCGCGCACCUUCAAGCAGCGUAUUUUCGAUCUACUGACCGCUCUGCGAAACGUCAAGGAGCUGCAAAACGACGAGAUAUUUUCCGCCCUCGACUCUCUGGAGACGAACGCGAGGUCGUUACCGGAGCAAGCGAACGUGCCGCAGGAACGCGUAACGAUCCUGUAUAACUCGGCGGUCGUGGCCACCACGCCGUGCUCAGACUAUCGGGAUUUCGUGUUGAAGCUCGAGAAUCUGAUACAGAUACUGCCGCCGAAUUUCCGCUUCCAAGUUGACCUGUCGUCGUCAGUCACCAGUCACAGCGAGUGGUCGAUACUUAUGCGCUACUCCGCGCUGUUCCUGCGCGAUGUGAAGGUAGACGGGUCCAUAAAAAACGCGUUUAAAGCUUGCAGGGAUAAUAUAGAUAAAUACGUAAAGGAGCAAAUCUUCUUUUAUCUCUCUCAUGGGUUAAAUAGCACGUCGUCUCAGCAGCUGGCACCGCUAAAUCUGUACGCGCUAGGUCACGCGGAGGACGUAGCCGUGCCCGUCGAGGACGUUUAUCGCGCUUUCCCUUUUGGCUCUAUAUACUCCACGCUGCGCGUGAUAAUGAGGGAAUUCGUCAGUAGACCGGGGUUAAUCAAGAGCAAAUCGUUAAUCAACGAUAUAGAGGUGUUUCUGCACGACUACUUCAUGACUACGUUUAGAUCAUGGUCGAUUGGAGAAGUGCAUACUGAGAUAUUUUACGAAAUACCGUCACCUUACGAAAUCGAUCGUGCCAUCGAUGAGAUCCCGAAUGAUCACACGUACGACGAUUUGAGGCUUCUGCUGCGAUGUGAAGAUAUCAAGACGUCGAUGGAAAGGUUGCUGCAGUCGGAGGACACGCCGAAACGGUUGCUCCUGCAGAUGCUGGAACUGGCCGAGACGAAAGAUAUCGACGCCGCGAUACAACAGAGCAUCCGGGCCUUUAAGCCGUCUCUCGUGAAUGACGUUCACACGGAGGAAGUUGAGCACGCGCUGAAGCAGAUGCGCGACUACAGAUAUCACGCGAGCAAGAUGGACGUCCUUCGAAAAUAUUUCGUUUCGCGGGGAUUCCAGCAAAUCUUCGGAAAGGAUUUUCUCACGGAGUAUCCCACUUACAGAGACAGGCUGUUCGCGAUGAACGAUAUGAUGUUGAAUAUCACGAUCGCUCGACCGGGCGAGUUUUCAGCCGAGUAUCGCGCGGCGUCGGACCAUCUGAAUCGCACUCUGCACAACGAGAUUAAGAUCGAGCGCAGAAAACCGAGAACGAUGGACGAUAUCAAUAUGCAGUCGCUCUUCUUCGCGCUACCGCGGACGAGAAACGAGAAAAUUAUCCGCGGUAUCAUCAAGUUCUUCUCCAUUCCUGAUUUACUGCGCAAACUGAAAUUACCGAGAGACCCGUUCGAGUACGCGACCAAGGGUCGACUCUUGCGGGCUAUGAUGGACCUGGGCCAGGAGUUGGAAAGCGUGCAGCGGGAUCCCGUGCAGCAGGAGGCUCUCGAGUACUUCAGAGAUAAAAUAACCACCGUCGGUCCCGGCGCGCAGCCGAUCGAAUUGAAGAGGUACGCGCGCGAUUCCAACGUGGACGUGGACCUGUACGGCGUGAUGCGGGCCAUCGAUUACACGAAGACAGACGUGACCGACGCGGUGAGGGUGGCCAUGUUUUUCGAGCGUAAGUACGACAAUCUGGUGCACGCCGUGGGUUUCGAUCACAUGGCCUACGCGACGAGGGGCUCGUAUCUGAAGGCGCUGUUAGAGCAUCUCGUCAACGUUUCCGAGGUGCCUGAUGACGUGAAGCAGCACAUAACGUCGUUAAUACCGGCGGUGAGGCUGGACGGUCCAGGGGAAGAAAGCGUCGAUCUGAACACCGACAUCGUUUACGAGGAAACGCCGAGUAUGAGGAUGUUUGGAGACUUUCAGGAUGAUAAAUCUCAAUCUCCCAAACCGGUUGUCAAUAUAGGCACGAAUGUGGUGUCGCAUACUUUCCGCGAGAACAAAGAAUCACUGAACGCCGCCGUCGACAACAUGCUCGAGACUAUAUCGCCAUCCGAGGAAGAAUACUUCCAAGAUAUUAACGGAAACGUUUACAACAGCAAAACUCGCGUUGUCAUCGGCGCUCCUCAUAUUGCUCGACGAAAGUUAGAUCCCGAGCAAUCGCGAGUGCGAGGCACGAGUAACACAGAAAUACAAUCGGGCACGAAUCGCGCGGAAUUAAAGAAAAAGAAAAAAGAUCGAUCAACGAAAAAAUUGUUGCUCAGCAAUGUUAAUAUUCCUGCUAAUAAAGCCCGCAUCGUAUAUGAGAUAAUAAAAAAGGCGAAUCGCAUUAAAUCGAGUAGUGAUUUGAACAGGCAAGUACAAUCGACCAGUUCUGACUAUCGUAGCGACGAAGAUGAUAACAAUUCGCUUGUAUUUGUGGAACGGGUAGCCGAAUCGCCUCCGUUAUCCUCGCAGAAAUUACUGUCCGAAAAGCUGCCGAAGAAUUCGCAUCGUUCCCACCAAACGCGUCACAAGUCGAAGAACCGAAAGCUUCUCAUUCGACCGGACACAAGUAACGAUGUCGAGUACAGUGACGCCGACGGAAAUGUGCCAAUUGCCAGAAUAUUACACGACACGUUGCAGAACGAAAAAAGUUUGUCUCUUACUGAGGAGCUAAUGGCAGAGCAUGCGAGACUCGUUGCCGAAACGUCAAAGACUGUAAAGAAAGAUCUUAAUAGUAGGCAUACGAGGAAAAGAAGGAACAUAAAAGAUGGCUCGAGGUAAACUAAAUUUCGUGAGACACUGUUGCUUAUCAAUUAUUCGUUAUAUAUAUAUAAAUCAUUAAAAUGUUAGUUAUUAAUAAAUGCAUGAUAAAAAAGUGUGAUAAUUGUUUGUUAAAAGUAAACAGAGCAGCUUAUAGCUUUAGUGAUUAUAUUUAGGAAUAAAUGAAAAGAGAAAAUAUUUUUUUAAUCA